UCUGGGAGUCGUUUCGUAUUCUAAGUGAUGGCAAUCUCAGGAGUCGAUUCAGAUCCAAAGACUCGAUUCCUGUCGUUCAGUCAGCACGGUGGCGCAGUUGGUUUGUUAGGGUGCCGUACCUGCUGUUCUGAGAUCCACAGAGAGCUUCACUCAUCAGUAACUGAGCUGUAAGAUGGGGAUGGAGAGCCAAGGCCAGAACCAACCUGUUGGAACCCUCACCCCCAAACAGGUCAAAACCUUCCAGAAGAUGGAACCAAAAGCUCUGGGGUCGAUCCAGAUCAUCAUCGCCGUCCUCUUACUGUGCCUGAGCGUCUCAGUGCUUCAGAUCUACUAUGAAGUUCACUUCACUCCCGAUCUCAUUGUGGUGGUGGUGGUGGUGGUGCAGAUUCUUGCAUCUGGUUCCAUCCUGAUCCAUGCUGGGAGGUUCCCUUCUCUCUUUUGGGUUAAAACCACACUGGUGGUUCACUUGGUGAGCGCCGCGUUCAGCACCGCGGCUCUCGGCCUCCUGUCUCGCCACCUUCCCUACCGGCAGGAUUCAUACCACUGUGAGCACUGCAGGAGACUGGAGAUCUACGCUGUGCUGCUGCUCGAUGGCUUGCUGGCCACGCUGGUGCUGUUCCUGGUGGUGGAGCUGGUCAUCUGCAUCGUGGUCAUUCUGUUUGGACUCAGCGUCCUGGUGAAAGGAGGCCUGCACCUCCCUGGCGUGGUUCAACAAACUUCACGGCAGCCGGAGACUCCUGCUCAGGAGUCCGAAGCGCCUCCACGUCCUCCUGGUCCACCUGCUCCACCUAGGCAGAUCACGCCUCCUCAGGUGGAGGUGCUAGUGCCCGCCGCGGCACGGGUCCCCGAAAUCCAUCCGGUAGAGGAAGCGUCCACUCCGCCCACUGAACCUCAGGUGGAACCUAUAGACUCCAUAGCAGAACUCUGACUUCUGAGGGUCAUGUGACCUCACCUCCACCAAUCGGAGAGGACGGAUGGGAUUAGUGAGGGUUACGAUGGCACUUGUGCUUCAGGACAAUGAGCUGACUCGCACUGUAUAGCAGAGGUUCUCAACCUUCUCAUCGCUAGGUCUGCUGUUACGACACACUAAUGCGCUGGUGCAGCUCACAGGACCAGUUUCUGUCCCGUUGCUGCUCAGCUGGCAAAAGGUUGAGAACCGCUGCUGAUUCUGUCUUCUGUUAUACUGAUUUAACGAAGGUUCAAUGGAGUUCUGUGUUUUUUGGAGGUGUGUUGUAAUGGUUUAAAAUAAACACACACCGUAGAUACAAUGUAUGUAUAUAAACUCACCGGCCACUUUAUUAGGAACGCCUGUAGACCUGAUCAUCCGAACGUCUGGUCACGUGACACAGACACAGAUCAAGAUCAUCAACGGUCACUCGGAUUAACUCGGAAUGGUGCUGACAGGAGGGGCUACAGUAACUCAAGAAACCCUUCGUUACAACUGUGGUUAGCAGGAGAGCAUCUAACACACAAACCCUGACACGGAUGCGGUUCCAGUGAACCUGUGCCCACUGUAGCUUCAGAUUCCGUCCACCUAAGGGGUCAUCAUGCUGUGUGGUCUAAGUGCUUUACUGCCUAAUAUAGUUGAUCAGAAACUGAAGCUCUUGAUCCGUGUCUGUAUGAGUUUGUGUGUCGCCGUGCUGCCACGUGAUUGGCUGAUUGAAUGAUUACAGAUGUUCCUAAUAAAGUGACCGUUAAAAUGUAUUGCACCUCUGUUCUGUCGAGGCUUUGUGCUCUGGAUUUUAUUUGGUGUCGUUAACAGAUUAUAGCCAAGGCAAGUUUACAGUCAAUUACUAACUGAUUAAAGUGGGAUAAUAAAAUGACCUGGUGUUAUUAGAUUCCCACAGUUUCAUAUGAUAGCAUAUAAUGCUGUGUGUCAAUUCACAGAACACUUUAUUAACCUAAAGGUUUAAAUUUAACGAAGGACUGAGGGCAUACCGACGUGCUCUAGUGCCGGGAUCUCACUGCCUGUGUGUGUCUGUGGGAAUUUGUGCCUGUUCAUUUAAUUACAACAGUCCAGUUCAUUCCAAACAUGUUCCAUGGGGUUGAGGACCGUCAUGUCCCGUCGUGCCCCCACUCACCUCCCAUACUCGUCUCUCAGCCAGCACUUGUGUCGUGUGGCCAGCGGAGGUCGCUGUAGUGCAAAGGGAAAUUAGGAUAUAUCCAGAUGUAUGUAUCAUGCAGACCACACCCAGCAUCUUGUUAUAAAGGAACCUCGUCCUUUGUGGACUGUACUUCGUUAGUCUGAAGGUUCGACUGUAGUUGUUUUGUUCUUAUAUCCUUGAGACAUGACGAGUUUGGCAUGUUUUCCCUGAGACCGUCUGGGUAUCUUACUCAUCCCACCUCUUGAAGGCAUGCAGAAGGUGGAUUGGAUGCUGUAAACUCCCGCUAUCUGUAAUAAGAUUCCAUUGAAUAUUUUACUAGAAUAUUAUCAGGGUGGUGCACAUGGGCUUCUUUCCACCGUCUUUGUGGAGUUUAACAUGUUCUCCUUCCGACAAUCCAGAAGGUGGAUUUGCUGCAUGGCCGUAGGUGUGAAUGAGUGAGCGAAUGAGUUUCCCCUGUGACGGAUUGCUGCCCUGUUCAGGGUCCCAGUGUGCCCCCAGUGUUUCUGACUACAGGAAUAUUACAGAUACUGUCAGUUAUUCUCUCAUACUCACAGUAACGAAUUACUGGAUGAAAUAAUCACACAGUUGUGUUGUUGUUAUAUUUAUAUAUAUUUAUAUUUAUUUUGACAUGGCGCUGGUUUGCUGGAGCAGAAAUAAUCCGGACCCAUCGUGUAUCCUGAGAACAGUCGCGUGUUGUGAUCUGAUUUUAUUGCCGUUAUUUAUUCAUCCACCACGAUUUUAGUCUCGAUGUUUCAGCUGACUGUUUAGUUCAUGUUGUACUUCGACUCUGUGUGUGAAAAGUAAAUAAACGAAACGCUUAGUGUUUAAACUCUAAUCAUCUGAUACGACCUGGACUUGGAAAAUCAAGACGAGAAUAAAAUAUGCACGAUUACAACCUUGUGGCAUCAGUUUGGGGAAGGCCCCGACCUGUUGCUGCAUGCCUUUGCCCCUGUGCACGAAGCGAACUCUAUACAGAUGUGAUGUCACCCUGGUGUGGAGGAACUGAAGUGGCCUGCACAGCUGUACACCACCCCCAACAUUACAGCCUGUACUCUUCUGGCAAGGCAUUCCACAAGGGUUCGGAGUGUGUCUGUGGGAACUUGGUGUUCUAAUACCUCCCAAAUGUUUUACAGAGUAAUAAACAAUACAUUAUUCAGGUGA